AUGGAAGACUCGGGUCUUCGAUCAUCUGAAAGAUCUUCUCUAGUGGUUCAAGCAAAGGCCGCCAGUUUGCCUGCUCCAGGGGAAUCCCUCCUCAGCCGGCUCGACCAAUUUGACCUCCGGUUGAGGCAGCUGGAGGAGACGCACAGAUUGCUGCUCCCUGCAGCGGAUUGCUACUUCACCGCCGACUUGCAUCUCUUGUCCGCGAGGCACGCCGGCGGCAAACACAGUCGAUCGACCUCCCUGUCCACCAUGCACGAUUUGGAACUCAAGGACGCUCUGUUGGAUCGCCUCCACUCGCUGGAGACUCGAAUCCGUCAGCUGAGUUUGGAGCUGGACAAGGACAUAGGCGGCGGCGGCACGAGCAAGACGCCAUCGGUAGGCAGCGCCAUCAAUGGCGGCUCUGCCCCUCUGAAGACUGUAGCGCGCGCAGAGAAGAACGAGAGCCGCGGCGUCUGGUCGUGGAGGACAGGCGUGUUGCUCAAGGGCGGCGCUCGCGAGCUUCCCAGUCAGAAGCCGACCAUAAAGGUGAAGGAGCUGGAGAAGGCAGUGGGCGCGGCGGAGAAGGCGGUGGGCGCCACUUUCCAGAACCAGAGGAGGCGGGCGGAGCGCGCCCGACUUUAUCGGAGAUGGCUCACGGUUGGAUGCUGA